GUAGCGCGCUCUGGCGAUCGUGGACACACGUACGUGGUGCCCGAGUUAAUUUUCUACGAAGUUUAUUUUGUUUUUAAUGGUGCUGUGUAGUUAUAUUUAAAGAUAAUCAAGGAAAAGAAGAAAAUCUAUAUUUUGAAAACUAGUAUUCAACACACAGAAUCUAAGUAAGUGAGAAUGGGUAAAGUAGCGACAUCAGAAGCGUUACGUUUCAUGACGGACUGCCUUAAGGCGGUUGGCGCGGCGAGCAGGCCCGCACAGCAGCAGGCUGAGCUGUUGCUGCAGGCGGACAGACUAGGACAUCCCAGUCAUGGACUUAACAGACUUGAAUAUUACAUAAACGAUAUAAAAACUGGCGCGUGUUGUCCUAACAAUGAGCCGCGUGUGCUCAAAGAGAGUGCUUCCACCGCCUGGGUAGACGCCAACAACGUCCUGGGAGCCACCGCAGGACACUUCGCCAUGGACCUCGCCGUCAGCAAGGCUAAGGAUACUGGCGUCGGCUGGGUUAGUGUUAAAGGAUCUAAUCACUUCGGUAUAGCGGGCUGGUGGGCGCAGAAAGCGGCUGACAAAGGUCUAAUAGGAAUGGCAUUUACUAAUACUUCGCCUCUACUUGCGCCAACAAGGAGUAAACAGUCGGCUUUGGGUACAAAUCCUAUAGCCGUGGUUGCCCCAGCUGAGAACGGUGAAAGUUUUUAUUUGGACAUGGCGACGACAGCUGUUGCCGUGGGCAAGAUCGAAAUGCAACUGCGUAAAGGCGAGCCAAUACCUAAAGGGUGGGCUCAGGGACCUGACGGCAAGGAGACGACUGACGCCGCCUUGGCAUACGAGACACAAUGCCUGAUGCCGCUGGGAGGCGCGGAGAACACUUCAGGGUAUAAGGGUUUCGGCCUCUCCGCUAUGGUCGAACUCUUCUGUGGCAUAUUGUCAGGUUCAUUGUACGGGCAUCACAUCAGGUCGUGGUCGCACAGCGGCGAGGGCGGCGCCGCGGACCUCGGCCAGUGCUUCGUGGCGUUGGACCCCGGCUGCUUCGCGCCCGGCUUCCAGCACCGCCUCGCCGACUGUAUGCAGCACUGGAGGCAGCUACAGCCGACUGAUCCUAACCUGCCAGUGCUGGCGCCUGGUGACAAAGAGAGGAAGAAUGCAGCGUUGACCGACAGCUGCGGCACCGUCACAUACCUGCAACAGCAGUUGGAGACCAGCGCAGCGCUCGCCAAGACCCUCAAUGUGGACCCCAUGAAAGUUACGUCGUAGACAUUUUUAGUACCUAUAAACCAGUAAAGACGGCGUUUAAUGUUUACAGAAUUCUGGUCUUGUUUUGGAAUAAAUGAUAUCGGUCGAUAUAUCGAAAAGGCAUUGGUUGCAUUUUUUUACAUUUGCCACUUAUUUCGCACUUUUACGUAUGUAAUAUUUUUUUGUAUUGUUAUUUGUUUUAUAUUUCACCU